AUGGCACUCACGCAGCCGAAACGCGGCGGCGCGUUGCCGGCGCCUCUGUUCGCGGACCACGCGUCGAAGUACCUGACCACCAGCGAGCACAUCGACGCGGCCCGGGAGGCGUCCUCCGCGGAGGACUAUGCCCCGCAUGACGAAAUCGCAACGCGCUUCAUCGACGACCUCCUCCUGAUGUACGUCACCAAGGAGUCAUCCCCGGCGGACGAGCGCGAGUUCAACCAGCUCGUCGUGGUCGGCGACACCCACGACACGCGCGCCCUGCGGCUGCCGCUGCCCCGUGGCACCGCCGUCUACCUCGUCGGCCCGCUCGACGGCCACAUCGACGCCGAGCGCCGCCUCAAGGCCGCGGGCGACGCGCGCCCACGCGUCGCGCCGGGGUGCGUGCUGCGCCGCGUGGCGGUGGAGCUGGGCGCCUCGGACGACACGUGGCUCGAGAAGCUGGAGGCUGCGGGGUUCCGCGGCGACAGGCUGUCGGUUUGGUGCUUGCAGGGGCUGGCGGAGGCGGCGAGCGGCGACGUUGGCGCGGCGUUCGCGCACACACUGUCUGAGGUCGCCGAUGGGGCUGCGCUAGGCAGCGUGGUGCUGGUGGACGCGCGGGGGGACAAGGGGGCGGUGGAGGAGUGUCUGGCGACGAACGGGCUGCUCGGCGGGUGCCUGCCGUACGGCGGGGAGGACACGUCGUUCGGGCGGUGGCGGGAGGAGGAUGAUGCGGUGGUACCAGUCCAGGAGGGGCGGUGGCUGGCGGUCGCGGAGCAGCAGCGCACGAGCCUGGCGCAGAUGGACGACUUCUACCGGUACGGUGCGGAGAUGGAGGACGCGGGCGAGGACUGGGACGCGUCGUGGAACUACUCGUGA